GAUUUUCAUUCGCUGACAUUGGCUGUGAAUACGAGUGGCCAUUUAUACAACACUUUACGUUUCGAAAAUGGUAUGUCACAUCGUUUCAUUGUUGACACCGGUAGCGUAGAGUCUCUUAUUUCUAAAACUAGUCUCGAUCAUCUGUACCCUGACGCUCAGCUUGAUUCCACGCUCAUUACUAUUAAAGGUAUUACUGGUCAUACCAUUCCGGUGAUAGGAUGUUGUACCUUACCAGUGCUAGAUAAGCAUUUGAAACCUGUCGAGUGUAAAUUUGUUGUCAUUCGUCAAGGCCCGUCCAUACUCGGUCUUAAAGUUAUGCAGGCACUUAAAAUAAGUGUCAAUUUUCUGUCACAUACUGAUACUGACACCCAAAUUCGUGAUUUAUUACAUGAUUGUUCGGUUACCUCUGGUGGAAUGAGAAUUCCGCCUGUUAAGUUGGAAGUGGCCGGUGAUCCAGUUUUCUGUAAACGACGUGUACUUCCAUUUGGACUUAGAGAACCUGUUCGAAAGGUACUUAUGUCUCUUUGUGAAUCAGGAAUUCUCGUCCCAGUACAAAGUUCACGAUGGGCCACACCUAUUGUCACACCGUUAACGCCGGAUGGACAGACACCGAGAGUUUGUGGUGAUUACCGUGUCAAUCUUAAUACGAAGCUGCUGCAGCGUAGUUGUGUCACGGAAGAACCUGAUUCUAUUCUCUCGCGUCUACACGGAUCCAAGAUUUUCUCGAGGCUAGACUUAAAAGAUGCAUAUCUGCAGAUACCACUGACUGAUGAGUCUAGUGAACUGACCCCAAUCAAUACACCUUUUGGGUUGUAUCGCUAUAGAUUUCUUCCCUUUGGUCUUAAUGUGUCGCCAGCCAUAUUCCAAGAUGUGAUGAACUCCAUUGUGAAAGAUCUGAAGGGUGUUGAGGUCUAUCAAGACGAUGUUUUUGUACAUGCUAUUAACAAACCGACACAUGACUACCGAUUACUGGCACUUUUGACUCGCUUCAAGGAUGCUAAUGUGAAUAUCAAUCCUAAGAAGUGCUUAAUUGGUGUCCAUGAAAUCAGUUGUCUUGGUUAUCAGGUUACAUCUGAAGGAUUCAAACCAGAUCCUGAUCGGAUAAAACAAUUGGUUGAUGUGAAGUCCCCCACCAAUGUUCAUGAGCUUCGAUCACUGAUGGGCGCUUUACAGUACUAUUCCAAAUUCAUUCCUGGUUUUGCAUCCAUUGCUGAUCCUUUAUUCACCUUGUUGAAUGACAAGAGUUUUGUUUGGUUAGACAGACAUGAACAUGUUCUUCGGAAGCUUUUAAAAAUUCUUGCAUCUGGUUGUGUUCUUCACACCUUUUCUCCUAAAUUAACUACUGUGCUUUUCACAGACGCUUCACCCACUGGUAUUGGGGCUGUGUUAGAGCAGAAUGGACACCCCGUUCUGUGUAUUUCCCGUCGACUAAGCCAUGCUGAAAAAGGAUAUGCUCAGACUUAUCGAGAAGCUUUGGCUGUAUACUGGGCAGUCACUAGACUUCACAAAUACUUGUUUGGCCUCAGAUUUACCAUUGUGACAGAUCAUGAAGCUCUGAAGUUCAUUUACAAUCCUUCCAGUUCUUUAGCUAAGUCUUCAGCAGCCAUAGUCCAAAGGUGGAGUGUUGCCCUUAGUGCGUAUAACUAUGUGAUCGAGCACAGAAGUGCGAAGCUCAUUCCUCACGUCGACUACUUAUCAGGUACUGCAACGAUAUUUGAAACCGAUUCUGAAAUGAGUUGUUUACUCACCCAGCCGCUUCCAAUCUCUCGUUCUGCCCUUAUCAAUGAUACUAGAAGGUAUUAUGGGUCAUUGAUUUCUGCUGUCAAACGUGGUUGGUCGGUUUCUCUCAAACGGAAGUUCCCACAAUUUUAUGUGCGUCGUGAUGAAUUGUGUGUUACACCUGAUGGAUUACUAUGUGUAAAUGACCGCAUUGUUAUCCCGCCGACAUUGAGAUCAGCUAUUCUAACGGAUUUACAUUCCGGUCAUCUUGGUGUUGAAAAGAUGAAGUCUUUAGCUCGAUGCUUGUGCUGGUGGCCUGAAUUAAAUGCAGAUAUUCGACGAACUGCUUCUGAUUGCCCGAACUGUAAACACAAAAUUUUACGGCAACCGUCAAAGUGGACACCAUGGCCGAUGACAUGCGAGCCCUGGCAAAGGAAGCACCAUGCUCUUGUGGUAGUGGAUUCUUAUUCAAAGUGGCCGGAGGUAUUCCUGACUGAUAAACCAAAUUCUGCUUUUACUGUCCGUGCCUUGAGAAAAGUGUUUAGUAGAGAAGGAGUCCCAUUAGCUGUGGUAAGUGACAAUGGUUCGCACUUUUCGGCCUCAGAGGUUACUAAUUGGCUACAGAGCCUUGGGUGUCGCCACCUUUUUACCGCUCCACGACAUCCAUGUUCUAAUGGCCUAGCGGAAAACUUUUUUGCAACCUUAAAACGUUCUAUUACCUCCUAUGUUCCUACUUCUUUUGAUGAACUUGAUCGUUGUGUUGAUAACUUCCUUCUUCAAUACCGUAAUUGCGUGCAUUCCUCUACUGGAGAUACACCUGCCAAACUUUGUAAAUCCAGACCAUUGAGGUCAAACAUGCUUGGCUUGGGGACUGCUGAAGUAUCUUAUUUCAGGGGCAAUGAUUUACGUCCCUCAUCUGGUAUCAUUGUUAACAACAUUGGAAACCGCAUGGUUAGAAUUUUGGAUCUUGAUGAUUGUUCUGUACACAGACGGCAUGUUGACCAGAUACGAUACAAGGAUUCCGGUCAGUUGUCAUUCAAUUCAGUGUGCACUGAAAAUACUAAUGUCGAUUCAGUUUCAGAUCCUCAUGAGUAUUCUGAGCAAAAUCAGCCUCCAAGAAGAUCUGCCAGAUUGCAACAGAAACCACAGCUGAAUUACAGGAACCUGGAGUUGCAUUCAAGCUGCGGAGGAUGUGAUAAUUGUACAAACAACACUCAGUGAUUGUUUAUUGUUAUUCUUUUCACCUUUUUUGAUGUAGAAUAUACACCCGCGAAAUUCGAAUUCC